AUGCGAGAACGCAGCCCGGACGGCUUGGCAGGACUCGCGCUGCAUGUAGGGCUGCUCGGGCACCCCGGGAUGCUGCACAGGGCCAAGUACAGCCGCUUUCGGAACGAGUCCGUCACGUCCCUGGACGAAGGCAGUCCCGGAGGCUCCUCCGUCGGAAGCAAGGGCUCCCCGCAACCCCCCUACCCCGCACUGGCCCCGCACCUGCCGGCGGAAGAUGCCCCCUCGGCGCCCCAGGAGAGCCCCACCCCACUGUGCACCUUGAUCCCGCGCAUGGCCAGCGUGAAGCUGGCCAACCCGGCCACCCUGCUGAGCCUGAAAAACUUUUGCUUGGGGACCAAAGAGGUGCCUCGGCUGAAGCUCCAGGAGAGCCAGGAUCCGGCUCCUAGCAGCCCGGCCUCGCCCGAACACAGUCUGAACAGGUCCGGGUCUGCCCCUCCGCAGCAGCAGGACUUGGUGGGGCGCCGGGCGAGCGCCCGAACUCCGGAUGCCUGCCCCUUCCCGGGCCCCGGGGAGCCGGCCGCGGGGAGCAGGCCGGACAGGCACUUCCUGCAGCACCUGUUGGGGAUGGGCAUGAACUUCUAUGUGAAGUACAUGGGCUGUAUCGAAGUGCUGCAGUCCAUGAGGUCACUGGACUUUGGAAUGAGGACUCAAGUUACAAGGGAAGCAAUAAGCCGUCUGUGCGAACCUGUCCCCGGGGCAAACGGAGCCACUAAAAAGCGAAAGCCUCCAGUUAAAUUCCUAUCAACAGUUCUUGGCAAAAGUAAUCUUCAGUUUUCGGGGAUGAAUAUAAAACUGACCAUCUCAACAUGCAGCCUUACACUAAUGAAUCUUGACAACCAACAGAUUAUUGCAAAUCAUCACAUGCAGUCUAUUUCAUUUGCCUCUGGAGGGGAUCCUGAUACUACAGACUAUGUUGCCUACGUAGCUAAAGAUCCAGUUAAUCAACGAGCCUGCCACAUUUUGGAAUGCCGCAGCGGAAUGGCCCAAGAUGUCAUAACUACCAUAGGGCAGGCUUUUGAGCUCCGGUUUAAACAAUAUUUGAAAAAUCCUUCUUUGAGUACUUCCUGUGAAAGUGAGGAGGUGCAUAUUGAUGGCCAUGCUGAGGAGAGAGACGAUCAUGAGUAUUACAAUGAAAUACCAGGAAAGCAGCCACCUGUGGGUGGUGUUUCAGACGUGCGGGUCAGAGUUCAAACCACGGAACAGAUGGCUUACUGCCCCAUACGGUGUGAAAAGUUAUGCUAUUUGCCUGGGAACUCCGAGUGCAGCAACGUCUAUGAGAACUGUUUGGAGCAAAGCAGGGCCAUCGGUAAUGCCCACGAGAGAGCAGUGCCAUCCCCAAGAGACGCCUCGUUAAUGAAGCACACCUGCCGAGUGGAUCUCUUCGACGACCCCUGCUACAUCAACACGCAGGCUCUCCACAGCGCCCUGGGCUCUGCCCGGAACCACAGCUCCGCCCAGCCGCUGGGGAGCCUGUGGCACCGCGAAAAAGCACCCGAAACUGUUCAGCCCAGUGCCACAGCGCAGCCGGCCGCCUCCCAGUCUUUGCCGCACAUCCGGCAGCAGCUGAGGAGUGAAGACUGCUACCAUGGCAAGCUGAGCAGGAAGGCGGCAGAGAACCUCUUAGUAAAGGAUGGGGACUUUCUGGUUCGAGAGAGUGCCACCUCUCCGGGCCAGUAUGUGCUGAGUGGCCUCCAGGGAGGCCAGGCAAAGCAUCUUCUUCUGGUGGAUCCCGAAGGCAAGGUAAGGACCAAGGAUCACAUAUUUGAUAAUGUUGGCCAUCUUAUCAGAUACCACAUGGAUAAUAGUUUGCCAAUCAUCUCUUCUGGAAGUGAAGUAAGCCUUAAACAACCAGUGAGAAGAGAUAAUAUUCCAGGACUUUUGCAUUUAAACAAAUGA